UUUGAAGGCGUUCUUCUUUUCUACACUUAUAUUGGUCGAUGGACUUGCUCCAAACCAUAGCCAACAACUAACCAACCAACCUUUCUUGUGUGCUACUACAUUGUACUACACCGUCGAGAGAAUUAAUAAGAGAAGACGAAUUUAUAUAUAUUAGAUUAUAGGUCAGAUCAUGUUGGAUGAAGCAUGAAGCUUUUCAAACUAAUAGUACAUCAGAAAAAUUUCAGUGGAGAAGACUUGAUAAUCAAUCCAAAGGAUUAUCCUGGCAUAAAAACUGGUGAUGUUGUUGAGAUUUAUCAUCCUGAGGAUGAGUUCAGUCGUUUGCUGUUGCAAGUUACCUCCUUCAAGGAAGAUCUUCAAGGUCGUGAAACUAUCAGCGUCGAAAAUAACGUAGCGACUAUGUUCCAAUUGAGAACAUUUGCAGAUGUAUACAUGAAUAUAGUAAAUCCAGAGGAUGUAGCUUUGGAUUCUGUAGAAUUAACUUUUAAAGAUCAAUACAUGGGACGCAGUGAGAUGUGGCGUUUGAAAAAUAGCUUGGUAAAUACUUGCGUUUAUAUCAAUAAGAAGAUCGAGUUUUGCGGUGGCAGUAUACGUUGUCAAGUAUAUGAAAUGUGGUCACAGGGUGACCGUGUCGCUUGCGGCGUUAUAACUGACGAUACCAAGGUAGUAUUUCGAUCCUCUACAAGUAUGGUAUAUCUUUUUAUUCAAAUGAGCUCUGAAAUGUGGGAUUUUGACAUACAUGGAGAUCUGUAUUUUGAGAAAGCAGUCAACGGAUUUCUGGCAGAUUUAUUUCAAAAGUGGAAAAAAAAUGGCAGUAAUCACGAAGUGACGAUUGUAUUCUUCUCCAGGACAUUCUAUAGUGCUACUAGUCUGGAGGAAUUUCCAAAUCAUAUGAGAGAGUGUUUGCAGCAUGAUUAUAGAGGGAGAUUUUAUGAAGAUUUUUACAGAGUUGCAGUACAAAAUGAGAGAUUUGAGGAUUGGAGUAAUGUUUUGGUGCAGUUACGUAAAUUAUUCACUGAUUACCAAAAGAUUGUUUUGGAAUAUCACCAAAAGCCAGGUAUUACCAUGCCCAAGGCAAUAAAUUCCACUGCUGCACAGGGAAACUUUUUAGAAGUGUUGAAUAUGUCUCUGAACGUAUUCGAAAAACAUUAUCUGGAUCGCAGUUUCGACAGAACUGGUCAGUUAUCUGUAGUAAUCACGCCAGGCGUUGGAGUAUUUGAAGUUGAUAGAGAGCUGACAAAUGUAACGAAACAGAGAAUCAUUGACAACGGUGUAGGUAGCGAUUUAGUCUGCGUCGGAGAGCAACCGCUUCAUGCGGUUCCCUUGUUAAAGUUUCACAAUAAAGACUCGUCUAUAAACGCACCGGAUGACUAUAGCAUGCCUCAUUGGAUAAAUCUGAGUUUUUAUUCUACGAAUAAAAAGAUUCCCUACUCUACAUUUAUACCACGGAUAAAACUACCGCAAAGAGUGGCGAAGCAUUCGGCGGAUAAUGGAAAACUACAUUGCAAAAGUAAGCUGCUACAGGAAGAUCCGAGAGAAUGUCUGCAUAAUACCUUAUUUGAUUAUGACGCUUACGAUGCACAAGUAUUUCAGUUACCAACAGUUCAUACUUCAAGUGUGCAAAGGAUAAGUACGAGAACGAAGAAAACAAGUGUGGCCUGUCUCGAAACUCACAACAACGGCCAUCUAUUGAAACUCUUGAAACGUAAAAUGUCGGAUCCCGAUAUACAUCAUCCACCACCUGAGACACACUCACCACCAAUUGUUACAUUACGGAGUGCAGCUAUUACGAUACCACACAAAACAGACGACGACAAUAGUGAAUCUAAUGGCGAUGAAACUGGUACAUCCAGAACACCGGUUAAGAGCGACUUAACAGAUUCAGAGAUAUCUCCGCCGUUUAGACCUGUCGUCGGUAGCGCUGGCAGCCCAACAAACUCCAUUUCUCAGCCAACAAAUAUACUUAGGCCUAGCAGAGCAUUGAUCAAUCCUUUUGAUCCGUCCCACGUUACUAUAAAACUCACUAGCAAUAGACGGAGGUGGACUCAUAUAUUUCCAAAGGGUCCAACAGGUGUAUUAAUACAACAGCAUCACUAUCAAGCUGUACCAACGCAAACAUGCUCAGAGACGCAAAACGAGGCUGCCCCGUCUACCGUAAGUGGGUCUCCGAUGGAAAUUGGAAUGAGCAAUACGAAUCAAAUUUCAAGAUCAGCAUCUCAAAUAGGAUUUCAAGAUUACACAAAAGGCAAGCCACUGCGAUCCAACUCAUCGACUAAUGGAGAUAAAACUGUAAAUACUUCUUCAGUUAUAGCAAAUAAGAGUUUGACUCUCUUGUGGGGUGCCACUGGUGAACAAGAGUGGACACCUGCUCUAACAACAGCGAUCAUAGGUGUCGACUGGAAAUCGCUAACAAUUCCCGCGUGCUUACCAAUCACUACAGAUUACUUCCCGGAUAAAAGAAGUUUGCAAAAUGACUACGUCGUGUCGGACUAUAAUCUUCUGCCGGACGACGUUAACGCCGAUUUUGCCCAGCAGCGAGCGAUAUAUAAAAAACCACUCACGACCACGGAGGUAUUCAAGGAACUGGUCUCACAACGCUUGGCUCAAGGUUUUCAGCUGAUCAUUUUACCGCCAGUUAACAAAAAUCAAAGUAACGGAUCUGGCAAUAAUGCCGCCCCCGCUAUUAGCACAAUAAUGCGCGGUAGACAAAAUGAGUCCGAACCUAAAGAAGAAUAUUUACUUAGCAUUGGAAGAAUCUUUCACAAGAUAUCUCUGUUUGAUAAUUCUAUCACAGUCACGAGGUACCGGCCACGGCACCCUUAUCCACCCUUCAAUAUACACUAUCGGUAUCGAUUUUACGCUCCGCACCACGAUACAUACGAAGUAUCGUGGGUGUCCUUCACAACAGAAAAACUCGAGAAUUAUAACUGGAACUAUCUGGACCACUAUAUAUGCACACGAGGCCAUACCGAUUUCGCUUUAGUGGAGGCUCUCAAAUAUUGGCGGUUUCGAGUAUUUCUAUUGCCACUACAUAAUUCCGCGACUCGCAAAAUCUUGGAAGGCUCUCCAAGAUGCGACAUAUACACUCCACUUAAUAAUUCUGAACAAGCGUCACUAAUGGAUGGUUUUCUGCGUUUUAUCGAAGGAUGGUUGAACAAAAUACGACGGCCAAAUCCCAAUAAAAACUGGGUAAUUUCCUCACUAUUCUAACUUGUACAGUACAUGUUUAUAGAGAUGAUAAUUGAUAGAUAUCAGAUUACUCUAAUUAUUCCAACAAGGAUUUCAAUUGGAACUGUGUAGCAAUUUUAUUUAACAUUAUAAAGGAUGUUCCAAAGAGCAGUUGUGUGACAGUAAUAAACAAUAUCGUUGUCA